UUGACGGUUACUACAGUCGUUCACUGACGAGCGUCGUGGUCGGACGAAUUUCGAGCUCGUGACGCAGCGAAAGAAGAUGGCAGAUUCAGCCAUGACCGUUCCGUUCGCCGUAGUUGUGACAAUCGGUGUAUUUUUGUUAAAAUCAUGCAGUGGAGAAGAGACGGAUAUAAAGCUAGACAAAAAAGCUCAAUUGCUGCACAGGUUGGACAGCUUGAACUUGUUGUUGUACACGUUUUUACUAAUACUGACAGUGUUAACUAUAUGGACUUUCAAGCAUCGCCGACUGCGCUUCUUGCACGAGACUGGCCUUGCUGUCAUCUACGGACUGAUUGUGGGGGCGAUAAUCCGAUAUGGUUUCACAAAUAGCAGUACAAUAGUUCACAUGCCUGUGGUACCGGAACCUGACGGUAGCCACUAUAAUCAGUCGGUACCACCAGAUACAUUGUGGUUACGAUUUCCGGAAAAUAAGGGCGAUGGUACAACUAAGAAUAAAACUUUUGCCUACUCCUUUCGUGGAGAAAUUUAUAAGCGAGACAACGAAAUUGACCUCAAGGCUACAUUUGAUCCAGAAAUCUUCUUCAACAUUAUUCUACCCCCGAUUAUAUUCCAUGCUGGAUACAGUUUAAAGAGGAAAUACUUCUUCAGAAAUCUUGGCGCUAUUUUGACGUACGCAUUGAUAGGAACUACCAUAUCUUCCUUUGUCAUUGGCGCACUUAUGUAUAGCUUCAUACAGCUGAUACCUCAUUUAGCUUCAUCGUUUACUUUCCUAGACACCUUGUACUUUGGUGCUCUGAUCUCGCCAACCGAUCCACUGACGAUCAUUUCCAUAUUCAACGAUCUACACGUUGACGUGAAUUUAUACGCUCUUGUCUUUGGAGAGAGUGUGUUAAACGAUGCGGUUGCCAUUGUGCUUAGUGGGUCUAUCCAAAACUACGCUGAACGGUAUCAGUCAGGUUCUGGCGGGUUUGAGACUUGGGCAUUUUUCCAAGCCCUCGGAGAUUUUAUUAGAAUAUUCAGCCUCUCGCUGUUCAUAGGAGCCACAAUGGGCUGCGUUACUGCAUUGCUAACUAAGUUCACCCGAGUUAGAGAUUUCCCACUGCUGGAAUCUGCUCUCUUCGUCUUGAUGUCCUACAGUACUUUUCUCAUCGCCGAAGCCUCAGAUCUUACAGGUGUCGUUGCUGUACUAUUCUGCGGUAUAUGCCAAGCCCACUACACCUAUAACAACUUGAGUGUCGAUUCGCGACAGCGGACUAAGCAGCUCUUUGAAUUGCUUAAUUUUUUGGCAGAAAAUUUCAUUUUCAGCUACAUCGGUGUGUCCAUGUUCACUUUCCCGAAACAUCAUUUCGAUCCAGGUUUCAUUUUUGCUGGAUUUUUCUGUGCAUUGCUUGGUCGAGCAGUGAAUGUUUAUCCAUUAUCCUUCCUCUUGAAUUUGGGACGUAAUCCAAAAAUACCAUCAAACUAUCAGCACAUGUUGUUUUGUGCUGGUUUGAGAGGAGCGAUGAGCUUUGCUCUCGCCAUUAGAAAUACUGUGUCCGAUGCUCGUCAAGCUAUGUUAACAACAACGAGUCUGAUUGUCAUUCUAACAGUCAUUCUGCAGGGCGGUGCAACCACACAGUUUUUAAGCUGGUUCAACAUACCUGUUGGUGUUGACGAAGAAGUUGAAAUAUUAUCUUACAAUGGAGUACGAAGCUCUGCUGGCGAUGGUGGCUUUGGUGAUCCCGAGAGUCGGCGUGAAAGAAGUCCCACGUACGAUUCUAUGCAGGGUGGUUCCCUGUCGAUGGGUGGAAGUACAUCGAAAACAAACGAAAAGGCUCUGCUUGCAAGAAUAUGGGGCAAUUUCGAUACCCAUUACAUGAAACCAUUACUGACACAUUCUCGACCAACCCUCCUGGACACUCUACCGGUCUGUUGUGGUCCUUUGGCCAGGAUCUUGACCACCACUCAGCAAAUGACACAGGACAAUGUGGCACAGAGGGUAGACUCAGACUCGGACUUAUGCCUGGAGGAUCGUGACACUGAUAGGCGGAGGACGAGCAUUCAGCCGACGAGUAUUCCAAUCAGCCCUGCUAACGGAAUACAUUUAUGAUUCGUCGUUUCAGUUCAGCUCUAAUUGCAACAGAUAAGUUAUGUUUUACAAUUAGUUAUAAAUUUGAUUUGUUUACGUUAUUUUUAGUUAUCCUAUUAUCAUUAUCAUUACCAUUUUUUACGUGGGAUGGAUUAUACCACUAAUUCUGACACAUUUUUCUCUUGUAAAAUCUAAAAUUUAUAUCAUAUCUACGAAUGUACAAGAUUUGAUACAAAAAAAUUUGGUGAGCGAAUCAUCUGCAAUAGGGAACGAAUCGAUAAAGAAAAAAAUAAUAUUUAAAUGCAUAUGAAAAAAAAACAGAAGCAACUCAGGCCAAUUUAUUAUCAAUGUAUAAAUAAAUCUCAAUUUUACAACUGACUUUUGGAAGAACGAAAAUAGCGCUGAAUCAAAAUUGCAAAAGAAAAUGGGAACCAAAAAUGACUGUAAAUUCUAAUCUCAUUUACAAUUCUGAAGUAUGUACCAAAGUGUGCCAGAAUACAAACUUGUGGGAUAAAAUCCACGUAUACGGUGUUCCUCAAUAUUUUCUACUCGGGGGUUUGGUGUAGAGUUUCCAUUAUUAGUAUAACGUACGUCGUGCACAAAACAAGGUUGAAAGAAAGGAAAAAAAAUUGUAGUGUUUAAAAAAAUAGGGAUGAAAAUGAAGAAAAAUGUUUGAUGCGUUAUCGUCAUCCGAUUAAUGAUGGUGCGUGCACGCAUAUGUGUUGCAGUAUUAUUUAAAUACCAAUUAUAAAAUAGAUAAUUUACACUGGAUAAAAACUGCAUAUAUAUAGCUGUAAUGCAUAAAGCUUAAUUCAUUGAAUUCAACUGUAAUUAUGAUAAUGCACUCGCAGUUUGGAUUUGAUAGGACCUACUAUACAUUAAUGACAUAUUGUGUGACACUAUUGAUGGUUGAUGGUUUCAAUCGUUUGUGUGGGUCAGCUUGGAACUGUGACGGGAGAAGUUAGUCCGGAGCAACAACCGCUGCAUACACGAGUCGCCCUGCCAGGUUUGAUCGGCAGACAUUUAUAAACUAUUGUUAUUGAUAAUAUUAUUAUUAGUAUCGAUGGUAAUCUCGUGGUUCAUGAAA